CAGGUUGGCACUCAGACCGCUGAGAACCACCCUUCUCUCAGCUGGCAAAAGUGCACCAAGUCUGGUGGCUGCUCUAACCAAGCCGGUUCCGUCACUCUCGAUUCUAACUGGCGCUGGCUCCACACCACCUCCGGUUAUACCAACUGCUUCACGGGCAGUUCCUUCGAUACCUCCCUCUGCCCCGAUGGUGUCACCUGCGCCAAAAACUGCGCCUUGGAUGGUGCCGACUAUUCUGGUACUUACGGUAUCACCACCUCGGGCAAUGCCUUGACCCUCAAGUUCAAGACUGGCUCCAACGUCGGCUCUCGUGUCUACCUCAUGGCCUCUGACUCUGCCUACCAGAUGUUCAAGCUGAAGAACCAAGAGUUCACGUUCGACGUCGACAUGUCGAACCUCGGAUGCGGUCUCAACGGUGCCCUCUACUUUGUCGAGAUGGACGCUGACGGAGGCAAGUCGAAGUAUACCAACAACAAGGCCGGUGCCAAGUACGGAACUGGAUACUGCGACUCGCAAUGCCCCCACGACAUCAAGUUCAUCAAUGGCGAGGCCAACGUCGAUGGCUGGUCUAGUUCUCCAAACGAUCCUAACGCCGGUAAGGGCAAGUACGGAACCUGCUGCAGUGAGAUGGAUAUCUGGGAGGCCAACAAGUACGCUUCCGCCUACACUCCCCACGGCUGCACUGUCACUGGUCAAACUCGCUGCGAAGGCAACGACUGCGGCGACGGUUCCAACCGCUACGGUGGAGUUUGCGACAAAGACGGAUGCGAUUUCAACUCCUACCGCAUGGGUGACACCUCCUUCCUCGGCCCCGGUUCCACGGUCGAUACCACCAAGAAGAUCACCGUCGUCACUCAAUUCAUCACCAGCGACGGCACCGCCAAUGGUGCUCUCAAGGAGAUCCGCCGUCUCUAUGUCCAAAACAACAAGGUCAUCGGAAACUCCAAGACCAACAUCGCCGGUAUGGCUCCCUACGACUCCAUCACCGAAGAAUUCUGCAGCGCUCAGAAGACCGCCUUCGGUGAUAACAACGACUUUGGCAACAAGGGCGGUUUCUCUCCCAUGGAUGCUUCUAUGACCAGGGGUAUGGUCUUGGUUCUCUCCGUCUGGGACGACCACGAGGUCAACAUGUUAUGGCUCGACUCCACCUACCCCACCGACUCGACCAACCCCGGUGCUGCCCGUGGUACCUGCCCAACCGACUCUGGCAAGCCCGCCGACGUCGAAUCGCAACAGGCCAACGCUUCCGUCAUCUUCUCCAACAUCAA